CACACAGAGGUCCUGCACAGUGAUCGGGCAGGUGUCGAGCUCUCCCAGGGAGUGCGCACAGGAAGAGCUGGUGGCCCCGUGAUCCGGAGGACACAGCAGAACACAGAUUGCUGUAUGGGACCUCUGUGUGAGUUCCGGAUCAUGUGAUCACUGAUUGUCCAAUCAGUGAUCACAUGAAUAGAAGUAAGCAAGAUGUCACUUGCUGACAUUAUUGCUUACUACUUGUGAAAUCUGUGAAUGAUCACAGAGGUCACAUGGUACAAGGCUAUUCACAACAGCCUUGUACCAUGUGACAAGCUGUGACCAAUCACAGCUCUCACAGUA